GAAUAUAUGUAUAGUAUAUUUAUAUUUCUGCUGACCUUUGAUGUUAAACGUCAUAGUUUAAGUUUGGUGUGUGUGUGUGUGUGUGUGUAAUUCUAAGUUAAGUUUCUGUUUCCUUUCACCAGAAAGCAACUAGUAUAAAUGCAGCAGGGAGGCAGUGACAGGUUGAGACAGAGAGAGAGAGAGAGACAGAGACAGACAGAGUGAAACAGAGAGAGCGAUGGAGGACCAAGAGUGGAUGAGUGUGUUUAGAACGAGAGCAGAAGAUCUACAGGAUGAGUGGACGCUCUACAUGGACGACUCCAUCCAGCCAAGAAAUGCAGCACCGGGGUUCUAUGAGUACCUCAGAGGAUCAUUCGCUCACCCUCUCUCACCUUUAAUCUCUCUGUUCUGUAGGUUCCAGUGUUCUAAGUGUGGUCGUUCGUGGCCCUCUAAGCGAGUGAUCGUGGUGUUUCAUUUCUCACUUGAUGCGGCGAGUGGGCGUGGCUCUGUAAAGGUGCGCCGCUUUAAGCAGGAGUGUCGCCGCUGCAAUGCUCCCCGGAAGGAGAAUCCCAAAUUUGGCAAAGAAAACAUUGAUGUGAUGGUGGAGAAAGUGAUAGAGAAGAUUAAAAUCAGGUGCUACAAUGAGAACGUGGGAGAAUCAAGCCGACCUUCACACUUUAUCGGUGGAGUGAAUGGACCACACGAAAGUGCACACUGUGAAGCCUGUCAACUGGGGUUCUGCCAACAGAGCACAUGAACCACACAACUGCCCCAGCUGGGUUUCAGUGCUAGCUAAUUCUGUACCCACUGACAGGGUAAUGCACUGAAACCUCCAAACACAUCCCACCCUAACACCACCCCAAAUUACCCCCUCCCAGUUGUUUAAUUUCAAGAGUGUGCAAUGUAUGUUUAUUUAAUUAAUUAUGUGCUUAAUAAAUAUUAAUUUAACACAAAUGUACAAAUAUUUAAGGGUGUUCAAUUCAUCCAAAUGUAUUGGAAGGAAUAAAGAAAUAAAGAAAUAAAGAAAGUGUGCUUUACUUACAAAUCCCAUUUCCAGAAAAGUUGGGAUAUUUUCUUAAAUGCAAUAAAAACAAAAAUCUGUGA